AUUUUUUAUGAAUAAAACUAAUAACAGUAUAAAAGAUUUACAACUUAGACUUCUAAUAUCUGAAUCUGAAAAAUAAGUUGCACUAUAAAAAUUAAAUGACAUCAAACGUAGUGAAAGAGCUAAACCAAGUUUAUCUUUUUUUUCACAAUCUAAAGAUGAAACAAAAAGAAAAGACAAAGUGGGUAAAUUGUUAAUAGAAUUAAUGAAUUUGAUUGCUACUAAUAAUUCUUUAUAGUGUAUGUUAGAAAUAAAUUCUUUAGAGAAUAUGAUGAAAAUAUUUGAUUAAGGAAAAUGUUACAAAUUACUUAAGAAGAUUAUAAAGCCAUUUACAUUACUAAUUACAUAUUUACUAAAUACAAAUAUAACAGAAUCUUUAAGUGUAAGAAGUGAAAAUCAAACACUUCAAAAUCUUGCUAAUUAUAAUUCAGUUUAAGCUGGUAUUCAGACACCAAUGUCAUAAGUAAUAACAAUCAAUUCAAAUAAUAUGCAUAAUCAUAAAACUUCAUUUCCAAGUUCUAUAGCUUUUAAACCUCCAAGUGAAGCUACUACACCUGAAAAAAGUGUUAAAUAGGCUCCAAUUUCAUAACCACAAUAAAAAUAAACAACAACGUAAUAACCAAAAGGGAUAGGAAAAAAUUAAAAACCAAUUUAAAGAAGAACAGCUACCAGUAAGUUAAAUACAUGUGGAGAUUGA